AUGUCUUCUACCACCACUACUACUGCAACGGAAACUUCAACAGUACGAGAGCCAAGUCAGCCUUUUGACCCGGACAGCCCCGAUUCGAAGCUAUCCCCACUUGAGAAAGAGGAACUCGAGGUUGCCAACAAAUACAGCUCGCCAGACGUCUACAUCAACGGCGAAGACGACACGCUUUGGCACCCAUUUUACAGCGACGAUCUCGAAGUCAAGCCGCUUCGAUUUGAAACCAGAAGUGGAACAUGGGUUACUGUGUUGCGUAGCAAGCGUGACACAUGGCUCGGAAAACAUCGACACCGUGGGACUGUCACAGCGGUAACGCUUAAAGGGGAAUGGUACUAUAAGGAAUACGACUGGGUUGCCAAACCAGGGGACUACGUAGUCGAGAAUCCGGGAACUAUCCAUACCUUGCACAUGGGGCCUGGCGCAGAAGUUGUAUUCACCAUCACAGGCAGCUUGGAGUUUUUCCACGAUGACAACUCCUUGAAAAAUACCAUGGAUGCCUUCAGUUAUGCGCAUUUGUACCUUGAGCAUUGUAAGAAGCAUGGCAUCAAGCCGAACGACAAGCUUUGGUACUAG